AAAACAAUAAAGACACUUCUUGUGUUUAUAUAAUUUCUUCACGCACAAAAAAAAAAAAAAAAAUAGUUCCCUGCUGUCGCUGUCUACUUCUUCCAAGUUCUAAAAGCUCCUCCUCCUCCUCCUCCUCCUCCGAACUCGAAAUUCCAAACUCAGUUCCCAUCCAACCACGUCUCUCCACGUAAUCAAACGGUGGGGUCCCAAUGGCGAACAACACGAAAGAAGAACCAAAGUCAGCUCCUCAGUCAGAUCGGUGGUACAACCUAACCUUAGGCCCUUCCUUCAAAAACGAAUCCUCCAACAAAUUCUGCACCCUACGUUAUGAAUUCAAACCGGCUUCGAUCGAUAAAACGAAGGCAGGAUCGCUACACAAGACGAAGGAGAAUAGGGUUUCGGUCGAAUUUCACAACAACCAAUUGGGAAAACCCAAAGUCACCUUCGAAGGUAGCAGCGAGGAGUACAAAGAAAACGACGCCGUUUUGUUCUUCGACGGCGAGUCUUUCCGUCUUGAGCGCCUUCACCGUGCCGUCAAGCAGCUCCGCCACCUCCGCAAGCCCGGUGAAUCCGCCGCCGCCGCCGCCGCUGCCGCUGCAUCGUCGGCGCCCCCUGCUGCGGCAGCUGCGGUAGAGCCGCGGUUGUCUCCGGUUGCCAAGGGCGGUGCCAAGCCUUCGCAGCCACAGGCCCAUUUGAGUAAACCCGCAUUUCAAGCUGUGCCGGUUGAGGUGGAACGAAUUGAUAUUGGUGAGCCAGAGAAUUCAGGUGCAAAACCAGCUGGUAAAAGGACUGUUGAUUACCCAUCUGAUGCACCAAACAUUUCUAUGUUCUCUCCUGACCCUAAGAAUGACGAAGCUGAGGAUCAUCAAGAUAUAGAUAUUGAGGACCUUUUUGGUAGUGCAACACCAGAAGAUGAAACUGCUGAAGAAAAAGAAAACACUGGAUUUGAUAUCAAUAUGUCACGUCAUAAUGACAGUGAUGAUGAGAUUGCAGAUGUAGAUGAUAGUGGUGAUGAAGCGGAUAAGGGGCCCAAUGCUGCAGAAGCACUUAGAGCCCAGGUCAAUGCAGAGGUGAGGGAAGAGCCGACUUCUAGUUCUAGUACUAGUAGCGGAAGUGGGAGCAGCGGGAGCGGAAGUGGUAGUGGGAGUAGCAGCAGUAGUGACACUGAAGCCAGUGAUGACGACUCGGUUAACUCCAUCUGAGAUUCACUGGAUACGUACCAGAAGAAGCAUGGCUUGCAAAUUUAAAAUAAGCCAUCCUGCUGUUUUGGGAGACAUUUUUUUUGGUUAUAUAGAGUAAAAUCGGUGUGGAUCAUGUUAUAGUAUUUCUUCCCCAUUAGUGUUACACCUAACAACAUCUCAUUUGGCAAAUGUAAUAAUGUGUGAAUUCUUAAGAAGAGCAGGAAACUUCUCAAAAUCUUAAAAUGCUCUCAAGAUCAGUUAUUACAUUCAA